GCUAUGAGAUGUCCAAGUUUGAAGGAAAGACGGGCUCCCAAGAGAAACCGCUGUCUGACCUGCGCCUGCUGUCCUACCGCAGCUACCUGUAUCUACAACUAUGCUACGAGCUGUCCAAGUUUGAAGGAAAGACGGGCUCCCAAGAGAAACCGCUGUCUGACCUGCGCCUGCUGUCCUACCGCAGCUACCUGUACUUACACCUAUGCUACGAGCUGUCCAAGUUUGAAGGAAAGACGGGUUCCCCAGAGAAGCCUCUGUCCGACCUGGGCCUCAUUGUUCUUGUCAAUCUACCUGUACCUACAACUUACUAUGUACCUGUACCUGUGAAAGUUCUGAUCCCUCCUUGUCUGCCUUUAGGCUACGAGCUGUCCAAGUUUGAAGGGAAGACGGGCUCUCCAGAGAAGCCUCUGUCCGACCUGGGCCUGCUGUCCUACCGCAGCUACUGGUCACAGACCAUCCUGGAGAUCCUGGUCAACCUCAAGCCGGAGAACGGGGAGAGGCCACAGAUCACCAUCAACGAGAUCUGUGAGCUGACGAGCAUCCGUAAGGAGGACGUGAUCUCCACCCUGCAACACCUGAACCUCAUCAACUACUACAAGGGGCAGUACAUCAUCACCCUGUCUCAGGAGAGCAUUGACACUCACAACCGAGCCAUGGCCAAGAGGAAAAUCAGGAUCGACGCAAAAUGUCUGCACUGGACGCCUAAGGAUUGGGCAAAACGGGGAAAGUGGUAGAGAAAAAAAAGGAUCAUACACAUAAUGUCUGCACUGGACACCUAAAGACUGGGCGGAACGGGGAAAGUGGUAGAAAAAACAUUGAGGCACAUACAGAAUGUCUGCACUGGACACCUACUUAAGACAGGAAAGUGGUGGAAAAAAAGGAUCAUGCAGAAUGUCUGCAGUGGACACCUAUAAUUAAAGACUGGCGAAAGGGGAAAAGUUGUGAAAAAAAACAAGGGCAUGUACAGAAUGUCUGCCUUUGGAUGCCUAAGGAUUGGGCAAAAUGGAGAAAAUGGUAAAAAUACAUUCAGACUCAUGCAGAAUGUCUGCACUGGACACCUAUUAAAGACUGGACGAAAUGGGAAAA